AUGCGCUGCGCCUCCUGCGUGCGGGCAAUAGAGCAGCAGCUGCUGCAGCUGGAGGGAGUGGUUGCAGCAAACGUGUCUUUGCUGCUGGAGAAGGUCACUGUUGAGUACCGAGCAGCAGCAGCAGCAGCAGCAGCAGCAGCAGCAGCAGCAGGGGGUGGAAGGGAUGCCUCUACCAUAACAGCUGAGGAGCUGCAGCAGCAGCUGAGUGGCCUCGGCUACAAAGUUUUGCUGCUGUCGGACCGCCUGCUGCCGUCGCAGCAGCAGCUGCUGCAGCGAGGUGCAGCAGACGCAGCAGCAGCAGCAGCUGCUGCUGCAGCAGCAGCAGCAGAAGCAACAUCAGUCCUUCAUCUCUGCCCGACGGACAUGGGGUGCUUCGGGGCUGCGCAGCUAGACCUGCGAGCAGCAGCAGCAGCAGUAGCAGCAGCAGCAGCAGCAGCAGCAGCAACACGAGCAGCAGACUAUGCAGCAAGCAGCCUCUCCUGUGGGGCCCCACAGGGGCCCCCAGCUGCGGGGGCCCCCAAUGCUGCUGCUGUGUGGGGUGAGAAGUUUAAGUCUUUUUUGCUGUCGGUCCCUGGAGUGGAGUCUGUUGCUGUUGCAGCAGACGCAGCAGCAGCAGCACCAGCAGCAGCAGCAGCAGCAGCAGCAGCAGCAGCAGCAGGAAGGGGGUUCUUCGGGGGGCUGUGCAGACGCAGCAAACCCCAGGGGCUUUGUGUAAGAGUAACAUAUGAGAAUAGAAAGCUGGGGGCCCGGCAGCUGCUGCUGCUGUGCUGCAGCAGCAACUGGAAGGUCCAGUGGUCACCCCGGGGGGAGCUGGUCUUCGGUGCAGCAGCAGCAGCAGCAGCAGAGCUGCAGCAGCAAAAGCGCCGCGUUGCUGCUGCUGCUGUUCCCGCGGCCCUCGUGGCUUUGCUGACGAUGCUGCUGCCCAGCCGCUACUUGGGGCCUCUUCAAAAGGAGUCGUUUUUGCCGGGCCUUUCUUACUUGCUGCUGCUGGUGUGUCUGCUGUCGGGCGUUGCGGUGUACGGCGCUGGGGUGUACGUACACCGCAAGGCCGUGGCAGCAGCACGGCGGGGAGCAGCAGACAUGUAUGUGUUGAUGUCUUUGGCAACAAAUAUAUCUUUUCUUUAUUCUCUUUUUGUUUCCAUUAUGACAGUCUUCCUCACCCUCAGCAGCAGCAGCAGCAGCAGCAGCAGCAGCAGCGACAGCAGCAGCAGCAGCAGCAGCAGCAGCAGCAGCAGCAGCUUUGUGGACCCGCCCACGUUUUUCGAUACUGCUGCUGUUCUUGUUGCUGUUUUGCUGCUGGGAGAAAUGCUGGAGAUGAGAUCAAAGAGAAGAGCUUUUGCUGCUGUUGAGAGGCUGACAGCAAGCCAGCCUUCCACGGCCAUUCUCUUGGCAAACGCUGCUGCUGCUGCUGCUGCUGCUGCUGCUGCUGCUGCUGCUGCUGCUGCUGGGGGGGGCGGUGAGGACGCGGCUGCUGCUGCUGCUGGGGAUGCUGCAGCAGAAAGAAAGGGCCCUUUCGGAUCUCCCGCAAUCGCAGCAGCAGCAGCAGCAGCAGCAGAAGCAGCAAACUCCUCCUCCCUGAUUGCCCCUGCAGCAGAACUUGCUGCUGCUUAUAAGGGGGCUUAUGCUGCUGCUGCAGUGCAGCAGCUGUCGCAGCAGCAAGUUGCUGCUGUUGCUUCUCUCCCCCCUGUCUCUGUCCCCAUUGAGCUGCUGCAGAUUGGAGAUGUUAUUAGAGUUCCCUUGGGGGCUGCAGUUCCCGCAGAUGGCCUGCAGCUAAACAAGGAGACUGUGUCUGUAAAUGAGUCCCUGCUGACGGGGGAGAGCCACGCUGUAGCGAAGGGCCCGGGGGAGACAGUAUUGGGGGGUUCCUUUGUCGUUGCAGCAGCAGCAGGUGCAGCAGCAGCAGCAGCAGCAGGCAGCAGCAGCAGCAGCAGCAGUUCCACGAGGAGCCGGCGACUGGACGGCGCUGCAGGGCCUCCAGCAGCAGCAGCGUCUGCUGCUGCAGCUUCUGCUGCUGCUGCUGCUGAAGCAGGCACUGCUUUGCUGCUGCAGGUGCAGGAACUUGGCAGCAGCUCCGCCUUGGGCCAAGUGCAGCAGCUAGUGACUCUCUCCAGCAGCAGCAAGCCGCAGCAGCCGCAGCUGCUGGACAAAGUAACAGCGGACAUUGUUGUCCGAGCAGCAAUAGCGGUAGAUGCAGUGCAGCAGCUGCCCGAGCCUGUGCAGCAUUUGCUGCACCGCCUGCAGCAGCAGCAGCUGCAGCAGCAGCAGCAGCAGCAGCAGCAACAGCAGCAAGAGACCACGGUUGAAAACAAAUCCGAGCCGCUUCCAAUCGACUGGAUAUCAGGAUCCUUAGGACCAAACUCUGAUGAGUCGCAGCAGCAGCAGCAGCAGCAACAAGAGCAGCAGCAGCAGCAGGACCAGCAGCAGCAGCAGCAGCAAGUAACUGGCCUCUUCUGGUGGCUUUUGGGUGUCGCCGAGAUGAACAGCGAACACCCAGCGUGGGCCGAAGAAAGGCAAAAAGAAGGCAGCACAGUAGUCGUGCUGCAGGCAGCAGGGCUAAUCUUAGGCUGCGUGGCCCUGGCCGACGGGCUGCAGCAGGAAGCUCCUGCUGUUGUUGCUGCGCUGCAGCAGCGGGGCAUUGAAGUGUGGCUGUGCACUGGCGAUUCUGCUGCUGCUGCUGCUGCUGCUGCUGUUGGCAUUCAGCAGCAAAAUGUCCUCGCCGAAGUUUUGCCCAAACAAAAAGCAGCAGUUGUUCUCAACCUCAGGCGCCAGCAGACGGGAGUUCCUUCUGUGGGCAUGAUUGGCGAUGGGCUCAAUGACGCGCCAGCUUUAGCAGCAAGUGACAUUUCUUUUUCUUUCGGAGCUUCAGCAGCAGCAGCAGCAGCAGCAGCAGCAGCUUCCGUCGUCGUCGCCAACCAGGACUUGAGGAGCGUGGUGUGCUUUUUGGAACUUGCUGCUGCACUGCAAAACACCAUAAGGGCCUGUUUGGUGUGGGCUUGCUGCUUCAACUUUCUGGGGCUGCCAGCAGCAGCAGGUUUGCUGCUGCUGCUGCUGCCCUCGAAGCAGCUCGUUUUGUCUCCUCCUGUUGCUGCUGCACUCAUGGCCCUCAGCUCCCUCCUCGUCAUACACACUGCUUCCUUGCUCAGGUACUUCCGGCCAAAGACGUUCCCGGUGGGCGGGGAGCAGCAGCAGCAGCAGCAGCAGCAGCAGCAGCAGCUUGCUGCAGCAGAUGUAUCCUCGCUGCAGCUGCUGCGGCGCCACCUGCGCGUUUUGCUGCGGGGGCCCCGCAGCCCCAGAACUCGGCGGCUGGAAGCAGCAGAAAGACUUGCUGCUGGGGCCCUUUUAACAGAGCCUCUUUUAGAAGACAGCCCCGCCUAA